AUGUGGAUGUUUUCUUGGCUCUGCACCACUUUAAUUAUUUUGGCUAUUGCUGUUAUGGAGGCAGCAGCAAAGACCACGCCAUAUACCAAAUUUACAAAGAAGUCUGAGGGGAAAGAGACGCCAAAAGAUAUAAAAGUGUCUAGUGGCUCACCUCAGGAAGAACAGGAAACUCUGCUCACAGAGACAGCCGCGCUGAUAGAACCCACCACGGACCCUGCCACCUUGGACUCUGACUUUCCCAUAUCCACUCUGCUUCCCUUUGGAAAUUUCAAUCUCGACACAGUUCAUUACUUUUUGAAUUGUUGUCGUUGCUGUUCACUUGUUGCUGGGGAGAAAGGAGAACCAGGAAAGACUGGAAAACCAGGUCUUAAAGGAGAGGUCGGUGAUAUGGGGAUUCCAGGGACACCAGGAGUCAUUGGGCCCCAAGGCCCAAAAGGUCACAAAGGAGAAAAAGGACUAAAAGGAGAACGUGGGGACCAAGGCACAAGUGGAAUUCCAGGAUAUCCAGGAAAACCUGGAGAACAAGGUGGACUUGGUCCUAAGGGAGAUAAAGGAAGCAAUGGCCUUGCAGGAGUAAAAGGACAAAAAGGCUCAAAGGGGGAUCUGUGUGGGAAUUGCACCAAAGGAGACAAAGGAGACCCAGGAGCCAUGGGCUCCCCAGGCUUGAAUGGAGGGCCUGGGGCCAAAGGAGAGAAAGGAGAGACAGGAGAGAAAGGCUACUGCAGAGAUUCAGGGGAGAGAGGAGGAAAAGGACAAAAAGGUGAGGAGGGCAUGAAGGGAGAAAAAGGCAGCAAAGGAGAUACUGGAAUAGAAGGCAGAAGGGGUUCAGAUGGUCUGCCUGGGGCCAAAGGUGAUGUAGGCCUUAAAGGAGAAAAAGGAGAGUUAGGUCAUCCUGGCCUGGUGGGACCUGCUGGGCCAAAGGGUGAGCUUGGAGCUAAAGGGGUCCGGGGACCUAUUGGGAAAAAGGGCUCACGGGGCUUCAAGGGCUCCAAGGGUGAGGUGGCCAAAGUCCCACAGUCAGCUUUCAGCGUUGCUUUAUCAAAGCCAUUUCCUCCUCCUAACAUCCCUAUCAAAUUUGACAAGAUUCUAUAUAACUAUCAAGAGGAUUACAGCCCCUUCACUGGGAAAUUUAACUGCAGUAUUCCCGGGACAUAUGUGUUUUCCUAUCAUGCCACUGUGAGGGGCCGGCCUGCUGGGAUCAGCCUGAUAGCCCAGAAUAAGAAGCAGUUCAAGACCAGAGAAACUCUCUAUGGUCAUGAAAUAGACCAGGCCUCUCUCCUCCUCAUUCUGAAAUUAAGUGCAGGAGAUCAAGUGUGGCUGGAGGUGUCAAAGGACUGGAAUGGACUGUAUGUGAGUGUGGAAGAUGACAGCAUUUUUACUGGGUUUCUUUUGUACCCAGAGGAACCACUUGAAGCUUCACCAUAA